AGAGAUAUUGGUUGGAAGGUGAUUUCCGGUGACGCUUUUUCCGGCUGCUCUCUGCCCAGGCAUAUACGCCGCCGGGGUCGGUGAAGUUCUAAGAUGGCUGGACGAAAGCUUGCUCUGAAAACUAUUGAUUGGGUAGCAUUUGGGGAGGUCAUCCCUAAAAACCAGAAAGCCAUUGCUAAUGCUUUGAAAUCCCAAAAUGAAUUUCUUACUACCAGAUUGGCUGCCCUGCCUGAGAAGCCACAAGCGAUCAACUGGGCUUUCUACAAGGAAAAUGUUGCCAAGCCUGGUCUUGUGGAAGAUUUUGAGAAGAAGUUCAAUGAACUGAAGAUACCCAUACCAGAAGAUAAAUUCACUUCCCUCGUGGAUGCUGAAGAAAAGGAAGAUAUUAAAAUUGGCGCUGAGUUUGUGAAAGCUUCAAAUGCUAGGAUUGCAGGACUUCAGAAGGAGCUGGAAAAGAUCAAGAAUAUAAUUCCUUUUGAACAGAUGACCAUUGAGGAUUUGAAUGAAGCCUUCCCUCAAACCAAACUGGACAAGAAGAAGUAUCCUUAUUGGCCUCACCAGCCAAUUGAGAACCUUUAAAAUUGGGUCUUGGAGGAAGCUGUGACCUUCCUGUUAUAUGCUCUUGAAAUUUGGAAUAAAGCAGUUGUACAGCCUUA